GGUUGGCAGCACUGGUUUCCACGAGCAAUAUUUUUCAUCCGCAUAAUUUCUGAAUUCAGAAAUAUUUAUAAAGAAGAAAUACUUGUUGCAUAUCAAUUAUAACGGCAGCUUGCAUUUAACACCUGAAUCUUCAAUUUAGCUGUGUAAAGUAAUUUGGACAAUAUAGCCAACGAGAAAAUCAUGAAGAAAAGGGUAAUUGUAAAAAAGCUUGUUUCAGAAUAAAUUUGUGCCUGUAUAUUCCUGUGAUCCAUCCAAUCCCCCGCACUUAGACUUUGCCUCUCCACAAGUAACCUUUGUAUUUUAUGUCUCCGCACCAUGAGUGAUGUUGAUAUUGUUGUGAAGAAACUUGCCGCCAAGACACCGACGAAAUCAAUUGACAGUGAUGCAGGAGGUGAUGUGGAAACCAGAUACAGUUACACGGGACGCAUGCAGGAGCUCGUCGAGGGCUACAAUGCGCUUGUACAGUUGCUUGUGCCCAAGUGGCCCUGGUUUUUGUAUCCGGGUUAUUUGAUAUAUGCGGUCUAUUGGCGUUAUGCCAAAUACUACAGGGGCAAGUAUCUGCUGACGCCCAUUCCCAAUCAGCUAUAUGAUUUGCUGAUCAGGAACGAGCUGAUCAAAUCCGAGCAUGUGAUAUUCGCCAGCAAGGAUGUCUACGACACGUACGCCGAAUCGGAGGAUGUGAACUUCGUCAAUUUGGUUGUGCGUCGCAGUGGUCAGUCCAACAAAGCGACUGCCACAAAUGUGGAUCGCUCCUGGAGCUCAUCGGAGGUGGUCAUCAAGCAAAUCCUGCAGGAUACGCCAUACACCAUAGUUGGACAGAUCUUGCCGGUGGAGAACUCUCAGUGCCAAAGGAACUGUCUCUAUGUACAGGAAAACUUCUAUGGAAAUCUGAUGGAUCGUCUCGGCAACAAGCGGAACAAUUGUUGGGUGCAGCUGGAGAGCUUUAACGAUGAACAAACUAUACCAAAUAUAGCCACGAAGGCGCACGUUUAUCUGCUCAACAAUCCGCACGAGCUGCCUGCAGAAGUUUCGGAGCUGAUACUGAGCAAUUACUUCAAUACUCCACGUCUGCUGCAUCGUGGACACACCUAUCGCAUUGAGGUAAAUGCCCAGCUGGUUGGCACUGCUGCCUAUGCGCAUUACUAUCUGAUAUUCGCGUAUCUGCCCGAAGUGUACUUCCGUUGCAUACACCUGGAGGUGAAGGGCAGCGACUUUGAGCUGCAAGCUGUGGUGGCCAAGAAUUUUAGCAACCUGGUGCAGGUGCCACAGGCGCACAGCUUCUUGCCACGUCAAGCUUUGGACAAGUGUGCCAUUGCGGUCAACUAUCCAAGUGGUCUGAGGAGGUCCUAUCAGAAGCUGCGCUCUUCAGUGGAUGCAUUUUUGCCAAAGAAAUCCACAUGCCUAUCAUCUAAACAUAUCUUUCCCGUAUUCCUGCUGCAAGGCGAUCGUGGUGCCGGAAAAACGAAACUCAUCAAUGCCGUAGCCCAAGAGCUGGGCAUGCACAUCUACGGAGCGGACUGUGCGGAAAUAGUGUCACAGGUUCCAUCGCACACUGAGAUGAAACUGAAGGCAGUGUUUGCCAAGAGCAUGGUCAGUGAACCGCUGCUAAUCUGUUUCCACAACUUUGAGAUUUUCGGUAUUGAUAACGAAGGAAACGAGGAUUUGCGCUUGCUCUCGGCCUUCCAUGUGCAGAUCCAAGAGUUAUUCGCACGGGAUCGCAAAUAUCCAGUUGUUGUUGUGGCGCUGACCAGUGACAGGCAUCUGAAGCCAAUGAUUCAGAGCCUUUUCCUGGAGAUCAUUAGCAUCGAAGCGCCCAAUCAAGAGGAGCGCUUCGAGCUGCUGAAAUGGAUGCACGUACGUGAAUCUUUUAACGAUGCCAUUUACAAUCAAAAAGCGCUGGCAGAGAUUCCGCUUUAUCCACUUCACAUGCAGUCCAAGUAUAUGAGCAGGCUUUCACCAAAGUGGUCAGAGACGCAGAAUGUGCUGCGCGAAGUUGCGGCCAAGUCACAGGGAUUCCUAUUGGGUGAUCUGCAACUGCUCUACGAUAACGCUGUGAGACUUAAGCGUCGCCAGAAGUCUAGUCAAGUCAAUCUGACCCUGGAACACUUUGCCAAAAAUCUAUAUGAAAUGCAGAGUUCGUUUGCAGACAGUCUUGGUGCUCCAAAGGUGCCCAAGGUGUACUGGUCCGACAUCGGAGGCCUCUAUAAGCUUAAGGAUGAGAUCCAAAGCAGUAUUGGACUGCCGUUGAAGCAUGUACAUCUGAUGGGCAAGAACCUACGACGCUCGGGCAUUUUGCUUUACGGGCCACCUGGAACAGGAAAGACUCUGGUUGCCAAGGCGGUGGCCACCGAAUGCAACCUUAGCUUUCUCUCUGUCCAGGGUCCUGAGCUGCUGAACAUGUAUGUGGGUCAGAGCGAGCAAAAUGUGCGUGAAGUAUUUACCCGUGCUCGCUCGGCUGCGCCCUGCGUGCUCUUCUUGGAUGAGCUGGACUCCUUGGCACCCAAUCGAGGUGUCGCUGGUGACUCUGGUGGAGUUAUGGAUCGCGUGGUGUCGCAACUGCUCGCCGAGAUGGACGGCAUGUCCAAUGGGGACUCCACAAAGCCCAUUUUUAUCCUAGCUGCCACAAAUCGACCUGAUUUGAUUGAUCCCGCACUUCUUCGACCCGGACGCUUUGAUAAACUCUUCUAUGUGGGACCCUGUUCCACUGCCGAUGACAAGGCGUCGGUUUUGCGCGCCCAAACGCAUCGCUUCAUCCUUGCCAGCGACGUGGACUUAAUACAGAUUGCAGAGCUCCUAAAAAGCGAAAUGAGCGGUGCGGAUUUGUAUUCGAUAUGCUCAAAUGCAUGGCUCUCUGCUGUCAGGAGAACCAUAAACAACCAUGUGAACGACGGCCUCUCCGCCAAGGAGUUAAGCGCCGAAAAUAUCAUAGUUGAAUCGGAAGACUUUACAACGUCCUUUAAUAAAUUUGUGCCUUCAAUUAGCCAAACCGAUCUGGAGUACUUUAGGAACUUAAAGACAGCCUAUAGCGUUUAAUUUGACAGAUUCAUAUGUUAUUCUAUUGUUAGACUGUGUUGUUUUUUUAAUUUUGAGUUUGUUAUAAUACUUAACUAUUUAUGAACUGGUGUUGGUAUAUAUUUAAAACGAAUUUAAUAAAAACUUGUGUUGAAAUUACCAAAAAUGCA